GGGUUCAAAUCCAGAUGAGUUUUAACACUAACUUAGUAAUAGUAACGUAGUUACUAACCGGUUAGCUUAGCGAUAACCCAACCGUAAUCUAGUUCAAAAGAAGAAAAAAUAUAGCCAACAAACAAUCGUGAUUAUUGCAACAGCAAACCAACCUUUAUCAAUCAAAUCAAUCAUCUUCCUGGCCCUAUUCCCCAAACCAUGGACGGAAGAGAACCGCAGAGCUCAACGGCAGCAGCCGCACGGUACACACUACCACCGUCACGACUAGCAUCCGAAGACAUACUCUUCUGUAUCGAUGUUGAUCCGGAAUCGCUCGUUGAAAUGAAGAACACUAGCGUCAGCGGUAGACCUUUUACCAGAUUGGAGUCAAUCAAGCAAGCAAUUCUUCUCUUCAUCAACGCUAAGCUCGCCAUUAAUCCUGAUCAUCGCUUCGCCUAUUUUGCUCUCGGAAAAUCGCCCUUUUGGCUUAAGAAGGAGUUUAGCAGUGACGUUGACUCAGCACUUGCUGCAUUUCGAGGCAUCACCGUUGAUUCUUCUUCUGCUGGUCACGCAGAUCUUACACAUCUCUUUAGAGUGGCAAAUCAUGAAGCUAAAAAAUCUCGUGCACAAAACCGUAUACUAAGGGUGAUCCUACUCUACUGCAGAUCAUCAGUAGCACCACAACACCAAUGGCCCGCAACCCAAAAGCUCUUCACAUUAGAUGUGAUUUACCUUCACGAUAAGCCCGGGCCCGACAAUUGUCCACAGAAGGUGUAUGAUGGUCUGGUGGAUGCCCUUGAGCAGGUCAGUGAAUACGAGGCUUACAUAUUUGAAAGCGGUCAGGGCCUGACACGUGUCCUUUUCCGACACAUGUGUCUGCUUUUAUCACACCCUCAACAACGGUGUGUCCAAGAUGAUAUUGAUAUUCCCAAAUCUCUUACAAAGAAGUCACUCGCAGUGGAUCUGGUCACUGCUGAUCAGGAAUGUGUUCCUGUGUCCAGUCAGUGACUUGCUUUGUAUACAAAAAUAAUAUAAGAAUCCUUAGCUUUGUUGCGGAUUUAAGACUAUUGAUGUUGUAGACAAUAAUGGCUCUUGUGCUGUUUUUGUUGGUUUGGGUUCAUGUAUUCAGUUUCAAUCUUUUGUUAUCGCAAGUGAUGAUGUUGGUGUUCA